ACGGCCGUUUGGUAGAGCGAAGUAGGGAGAGAGAGAGAGCGCGCGCGCCGUAGGGAGAGAGGGAGAGAGCGCGGCAGAGGCAGAGUGAGGACGGGAGAGAAGGGACAGACCGAGGGAGCAGCAGUCAGUCUCCGCUGGAUUCACUGUUGGCAGUUCUUGUUGAAGCUCCAUCCUCGGCACACAGCGCCAUUUUCUCCAAUCCAUCAAAACCUGAAGGACUAUGACCAGUAGAUCCAUCUCACAAUUCAAGGUGAUCCAGCUGGGAAGAUAGAACAUUUGUGACCUGUAGAUCUCACACUUCCUCAAGGAAAAUGAGGACUAUCUUACUGGGCGUCAUAUGGCUCUGUCUUGGCCUCUCUCUGGAUGCAUUGUCUCUGAGUGGACGCAGGAUAGAGACAGUAGAUGGAGAGGGAACUCAAACAACGAUCAGAGGAGAGAAGCUGCUAAGAAGAGUGAGACGAGGCUGGAUGUGGAACCAGUUUUUCCUGCAGGAGGAGUAUACAGGCAGUGACUAUCAGUACAUUGGCAAGCUCCAGUCAGACCAGGACCAUGGCAAUGGCUUAGUCAAAUAUGUUCUGUCUGGCGAGGGGGCCGGCACCAUCUUUGUCAUCGACGAGAAUAAUGGCGACCUGCACGCCACCCGCCGUCUGGAUCGUGAGGAAAAGGCUUUUUAUAUCCUCAGAGCCACAGUGGUCAACAAACGGACGGGUCAAAAGCUGGAGCCGGAGACCGAGUUCACUGUCAAACUCCACGACAUCAACGAUAAUGAGCCUCAGUUCAGCAAAGAGCUUUACACUGGCAGCGUACCUGAGAGGUCUCUUAUUGGUACGUCAGUCAUCCAGGUGACAGCUACAGAUGCUGAUGACAGUAUGUAUGGGAACAGUGCCAAACUGGUCUACAGCAUCAGCCAGGGACACCCAUACUUCUCUGUGGACCCAAACACAGGUGUGAUCCGAACAGCCCUGGGUCCUGACGACAUGGACCGGGAGCAGAGGGAGCACUACCAGGUGGUGAUCGAAGCUAAAGAUAUGGCCGGACAGAGAGGAGGGCUCACAGGGACCACAGUGAUUAACAUCACUCUCACUGACGUCAACGACAACCCUCCCCACUUCACUCAGACUAUUUACCAGUUCAGAGUUCCUGAGUCAUCCAAAUCUGGCACUCCAGUCGGGAGAAUUCAAGCCACUGACAGAGACAUUGGGAAGAAUGCUGAGAUGUAUUUCACCAUCGUCAGUGGAGACGGCAUGGACAUGUUUGAGAUCUCCACUGACAAAGACACUCAGGAGGGAGUCAUCACCGUCAGCAAGCCUUUGGAUUAUGAGAAGAAGCCGUCGUACACAGUAGAGAUCCAGGUCCAGAACACUCAGGUGGACCCUCGCUUCAUUACGGCAGGUUCCAAAGACAUGGCCACAGUUCGGAUUGGUGUGGAGGAUGUGGAUGAGCCGCCGCUGUUCGACAAGGCUAGCUACCUGAUGGAGGUGAAGGAGGACGCUGAGGUGGGCGUGGCCGUGGGUUCAGUCAGUGCCAUGGACCCCGAUGGAGCUCGCAGCAUGGUCAAGUACUCUAUCGACCGUCGCACUGACAUGGACCGCCUGUUCAACGUCCAUCCAGGGAACGGUUCUGUGUUUCUGCUGAGAAGCCUGGACAGAGAAGAGACCGCCUGGCACAAUAUUUCAGUCAUUGCCUACUGAGUUCACAUGAAAAAUUUCCUGUGUUUGCUUUCAGAUAAUCCUCGUCAGAGCAGCCAUGUUCCUGUCUUCAUCCGCCUGCUGGACAUCAACGACAACGCUCCCACCUUCGCCACCGUCUACGAAACCUUUGUCUGUGAGAGAACCAAGGCUGGUCAGCGGAUCCAGACAGUGAGUGCUGUUGAUGCUGAUGAGCCAUCAACAGGACACAAGUUUUUCUUCAGCCUGGCCGCUGAGGGGACACACCGCAGCAACUUCACUGUCCGAGACAAUGGAGAUAACACUGCCAGCAUCCUGACACGCCGAGCCAGCUACAGCCGCCUUCACCAGAGUGUCUACCUGGUUCCUGUGGUGAUCACUGAUGGCGACUACCCCAUGCAGAGCAGCACCGGGACCCUCACUGUGAGGGUGUGCACCUGUGACCAUGAAGGCAACAUGGAACUGUGUAACCCUGAGGCUCUGAGCAGCUCCCCUGGCCUCAGCACUGGAGCACUCAUCGCCAUCCUCCUGUGUGCCAUCAUACUGCUGAUGAUCGUGGUUCUAUUCACAGCAUUAAAACGCCAAAGAAAGCAGGAACCUCUCAUCAUCUCCAAGGAGGAUGUCCGGGACAACGUGGUGAGCUACAACGAUGAAGGCGGCGGCGAGGAGGACACCCAAGCUUUUGACAUCGGAGCACUGCGGCACCCGGAUGCCGCCGCUGCCUUGGAGGAUUCUGCCAAACAGAGACGUGACAUCAUCCCCACUGACACCCUGCUGUACCCGCCGCACCGUCGCCCCACCCCCGCCGCCUCUGGCCUCAUCAUGCCACCGGUCAGCUUGGCAUCGAGGGAUAACGGGGACGUACGUGAAUUCAUCAACCAGAGAGUUCUGGAAAACGACUGUAACCCGACAGCGCCGCCGUACGACUCACUGGCCACCUACGCCUACGAGGGGGCGGGCUCAGUGGCCGAGUCCCUGAGCUCACUGGGCUCAGCUUCAUCUGAGGCGGAGCAGGACUACCACUAUCUGAGUGACUGGGGGCCCAGGUUCAGGAAACUAGCAGAUCUGUAUGGAGCCGAGGAUAGUGACUUCUCCUAACACAGAUGCCACAAACACACAUGCAUACACACACGCACACCUCCAUGUCAAAGACAGGUUCAGUAACAUUUUGACCAAUGCAGGGCCAGGGACAGCUACAUCUAACUGCAAACUCAGAAUAAGAGAUUGUAAACGUUGCUGAUGAGCUUUAAGAAAAUGUGAAAAAAUACAAACACACACUCCACAGGAAGAACCAACAGAUGUGCUGGCAGAUGUUAAUUCCAUAUAAUGGGAAGAACACCACCUGAUCUUUGAUCUGCCUUCAUUGCACAUGGAUCCAAAAAUGGAGCUUACAAAGUAUUUUUCAAAAGUCCUAAAUAUCAGUUUUUGGGUAAUGUAAAUCAACCAGCACAACGGUGGAGCCAAAGAUCUUCAGUUUCACCAGUGUGAACCUCUUCAAAGACUCAUUUCAGGCCUGAAUGCAGUUUAAAAUCAAAAUUGGACUCUACUUUGUAUUGAGAAUUGGGCUUUCAGGUUUUGCUUUAAUCUCCCCGGGGGUUACCAAAUAACCUUUUUGCAGAGUGUUCUUGUGCUUUAAAUGUGCCAUCCAAGGCAGACGGAAUGAAGUGUUUGGAACCAGGUCAGUCAACAAAACCGCAGUGUAGUUAUUUCAGGACUGGGCCAGACACACUGAACACUGCAGAUAUGAAGUGAAGAGCGUGGGGAAGACUUUUUUUUUUUUUUUUUUUUGACUAAGUGCCCUUCUGCUGCCCUUCGAGCUGAACUGUGGAUGCCUGUAGGCUGGCUGAGACUGGAGGGGGCUAAUGACU